UUUAAUGAUUUCUGUAGCUUUCAUUGUUUAUCAUUAAUGAAUGGUUGUCAAACGCAAGUUCUUAUGUGCAUUUUAGAAUAUUAUUGCGUGUUGCGUAUGUCUAAAUUUAUACAUGAUGAAAAUGUGGAAUAAUUUAUAUUUUCUAAUUAGUUUAUCUGUAGUUUUAUGGAAUUCUGGAACAUUUGCAGUUCGACAUGCACGUAAUCUGAUAUGGGCUCAAACCCCAUCUUUGAAGAUAGGUGUCUCUAGAAUCGUCGGCAUAGAAGGAGAUCCGACUGAGUGGGUGCCGAGCGGAAAUGUACAGGUUCGACAUAUCAGUGCUCCGCACCAUGGCUGGCAGUUUAAAUCUUUGGCAUUCCACUAUGGAGCUCAAACCCUUUACUGGUCCGAGUCAACCAAUAAGAAGAUACAGGCUCUUCGCCUGAAUGGAACAACUGAAACGGAAACCAUCUUUACCGGAACUUCCAAUAUGGCGGAAGGGAUUGCCGUAGACUGGGUCUCUAAUAAUAUUUAUUGGACUGAUUCACUGUAUAACUGGAUAGUGAUGGCACCGUUGUCAGCACAAGAAAAAGUUUACAGAUUAGUUGUGAGAAAAGACCUGACAAAUCCUCAUAGUGUUGCCGUUCAUCCGGAGAAAGGGUAUUUAUUUUGGACCGAUUCUGGUACUGUUUCAAAGAUUGAAGUCUCGGAUCUUCUCGGAGAAAAUCGUUUAACGAUAAUUGACACUGAUAUUCAACAUCCGCGUGGUAUAACAAUAGACUUUAAUGAUGACAUGUUGUACUGGGUGGACAGUAAGAAAGAUACAAUAGAAUGUGCUGGUUUCCUUGGCAACAAUAGACGGGUUGUGGCCUAUCAAUCUGCAACGAUUUUCUUCGGAAUAGCAGUAUUUCAGAAAUAUUUAUUUGUAACAGAACAGAUGCAGGGUCAUCUAAGAGUGUAUGACAAACUGACCGGGAAUAAUGAGAUCAACUACCAGCUCGGAUACAUACCCGAUGGUAUCAUUAUGUACGACGAUUCCCUACAGGCAGGCAACUCUUCUGAAUGUGAUGCCAAGGGUUGCCAACACAUCUGUGUAAAUGAUCCCCUAUAUGGACCCAAAUGCCGGUGUGGAGACGGAUAUAUACUAGACAAAAUAGAUCAAAUCUCAUGUACAGUGGGAAGAAAGUUCGUGAUGCCGAGUCAUAUUUAUGCUAUAGGCGACGCUAUAUGCUAUUAUCCCGUAAAUUUACCCGAUAUGUCGCUGUAUAACGUUUCCCUCGACUCUCAAUGCUUCCUCCAGCGAGGGCGAGGGAAUUUUGGCCUCACAUUUGAUGCACGUGAACACAUGUUGUAUUACACAGAGAACGUGACCAAAAGUAUUGGGCGAAUUAAUCUAGUGAUAGGUGAACCAGGGGCGUCCAUCAUUAAAGGCGUUGGAGAUGUUCAAGGGUUGGCUUUGGACUGGUCAUCAGGUAAUUUGUUCUGGACAGACCUUACAUAUAACCAUAUAUCCAUGGCAAAGAAAGACGGGAUGUAUCCAUCUGUUAUAAUUGAAAACCUCGACCAACCUUUCGGUAUAGCUGUACAUCCUGCCAGAGGAAAGUUAUACUGGACCGAGCAAGGUGAAACAAGUAUGAUCUUUGAAGCAUCCAUGGACGGAUCGAGCAAAAGGCCGCUGGUAAAUGAAUCUCAGGUUGGAACCCCGAACCACCUGUACCUGGACUACACGACCGACAGACUAUACUGGGCAGAUUCUGGACUGUAUUCCGUACGCUGUAUAGAUUUGACGACAGGGGAAGUUACUGUACCAUAUGAAAAGAUCAGCGAACAAGUCACUUUCUUCGGUAUAAGUUUUUAUCAAGUAAGUAUAUACGAGAACAAUAACAUACACUCAUGUUCGAACUGUAUUCAUGCUGCUCGCCUUGAUACCUUAGAAAAAGUACGAGGUAUCUUGCAUCCACAUGCUGGUAUGGCUUCCGACAUUGUAACCUUUGACAUUCAUAAUCAACCGGAAUUUAAAGGAGCAUGCGAUGACGACACAAACUUUUGCGAGCACCUGUGUAUUCCUACAUCUAAUACUACCUAUAUAUGCAAAUGCGGAGUUGGUUACACAUUGGAAGAAAACAUGAGAACAUGUACAUCAAGCGUAAAAACGGACAAUUACGUAGUUACUGUGGAUUCGUAUCAGAAACAAAUUUACCAAUUUCAAAUUGGGCACCGCGUGACUAAUCCAUUUACAAAUACCUUAUAUUGGAGCGACAAUAUGGCAAAUGUUAUCAUGAAAGCGCAAGUGGAUGGUUUCCAAGAAGAAGUAUUCAAAAGAUUGCCAAAUGAAUCAAUAUCAGAUGGCAUCGCUGUUGACUAUAUAAAUCAGUUACUCUUCUACACGUGCACGUUUGACAAGGUCAUCGUAGUUGUCUCGCUGAAAAAUAAAGAUAUUUAUAAAACAAUUGUUAAUGAGACAUUAGACCAACCAAGGGACAUAAUCGUGCACCCGGAAAGAGGGGUAAUAUACUGGACAGACUGGGGUAAGGAGCCAAAGAUAGAGAGGGCAACCAUGGACGGUGGUAACAGAAGUAUCAUUAUGUCGUUAGAACAGAACUCAUGGCCUAAUGCUCUUGCUUUAGAUGUGAAAAGUAAGUAUAUUGUAUUUCUAUUUGAAUCUCCCUAGUUAUAUUCUGUGCUU